GGCAGCAUUUUUAUUCAUUCCCACGAGGUGGAGCAGUUGCAACACGAGGGCUCCGAUGCAUCUUUCUGUUUGGAGUUGAAAGAUUCCUGUGCUGCUGACACAGAACCAGCCAUUUUGGAAGGUGGCAAGCAAUUUGGUCUUUCAAGGAACAGCCACAUUGCAGUUGCAUUUGAUGACACCAAAGUGAAAAACAGACUGACAAUUGAAUUUGAAGUCCGAACAACAGCUGAUUCUGGCUUGCUGUUCUAUAUGGCCCGUAUCAACCAUGCCGAUUUUGCUACGGUUCAGAUAAAGAACGGUCUGCCUUACUUCAGCUAUGAUCUGGGGAGUGGAGACACCAACACAGUGGUUUCCAACAAAAUAAACGAUGGCCAGUGGCACAAGAUAAAAGUAAUUCGAGCGAAGCAAGAAGGAAGCCUGGUAGUAGAUGAUGUUUCCAACAGGACUGUAAGCCCAAAGAAGGCCGAUAUAUUGGAUGUUGUAGGAAUGCUGUAUGUUGGGGGAUUGCCCAUUAACUACACAACUAGAAGAAUUGGUCCGGUCACCCAUAGCAUCGACGGCUGCAUCAGAAACUUUAAAAUGACAGAAUCACCUGUUGACCUGGAUAAUCCAACUUCCAGCUUCAAUGUUGGAAAAUGCUUUGUCACUGCACAGAAAGGAACGUACUUCGAUGGAACAGGCUUUGCCAAAACAGUUGGUGCAUACAAAGUGGGAACAGACCUGCUCGUGGAAUUUGAAUUCCGUACAACACGAAUGAACGGUGUUCUCCUAGGAGUCAGCAGCCAGAAAAUGGAUGGGCUUGGCAUCGAAUUAGUAGACGGAAAAGUGAUGUUUCAUGUCGACAACGGUGCAGGCCGGUUCUCUGCCGUCUAUGAGCCGGAUGCACCAGGCGGCUUGUGUGAUGGACAGUGGCACAAUGUUCUUGCAAGAAAGAUCAAACACCGUGUAGAGCUGACUGUGGAUGACAGACAGGUGGAUAGUAACAGCCCUAACAGGGCCUCAACCUCAGCAGACACCAACGACCCUGUCUUUGUCGGAGGAUAUCCUGAUGGUGUGACCCAGUUUGGGCUGACCACUAGUACCCGUUUUAAAGGAUGUAUGCGAUUUCUGAAGCUCACCAAGGGUACUGCUAAACCUCAAGAGGUUAACUUCAGCAAAGCUUUGGAGCUGAAGGGUGUUCAGCCGCUGUCGUGCCCUGCAGACUGACUGUCAUUCACCUGAUACAGGCCCGUUUAUAUAAGCACCUCAGAUAAACCAAGAAAAUACACAUAUACAUCGCAUUCAUAAUAAAAGGUCUUUAAGC